CUCCAUUACAACGGAGAUCAUUAAAACAUGGCUGAAAGGCACUCGUUAUUGCGGGAAAAUAUAUCUGCUUAUUGGAAAGAAUAGUGGUAUAUUAGAAAACUUGAUUUGUUACUUUCAGCAAAAUAAGAUGAUGUACAAUUCAACAGGGAAUUUCAGUGACAAUUCUACGUCGGAAUAUAAGGCUCCUCUUUUGGCAGUCCACUUCGUAUUAUUUCUUCUUAUUAUCAUUGGAAACUUAUGUGUACUGUCCGCCAUUGCUAUAUCAGGACAAGGACGAAAGACCCGGAUGAAUUUCUUCAUUAUGCACCUUGCAAUAGCAGAUUUAAGUGUUGGACUUUUUUACGUGACAGCAGAGAUUGGACUCGUGGCGUCAAAUUACGAGUGGAUAGCUGGUGCAACAUUCUGUAAAUUACUACAUUAUAUGAAGGAACUAGUUAUAUUUGCCUCUACAUAUAUGCUUGUAUCCUUGAGUAUGGACCGAUUUGAUGCGAUAGCACGUCCAAUGAAAUUUUCACGCAAAGCGUUUCGGGCCAAACUUUUGGUAUGUUUAUCGUGGAUGAUGGCAGCCAUGUUUUCAGUCCCGUCUUUGGUACUGUAUGACGUACGACAACAUCAGGAAGCGUGGAAUCAGACCAUGUGUACUAUACACUUUCAACAGGACUGGAUGUGGCAGCUGUACUUCACGUUGGUAUUCUUAGCCUGCUUUCUGAUUCCUGGUAUUAUCAUAGCCGUUUGUUAUACACUAAUAGCUGUUAUUAUAUGGAAGAAGAGUAAAGCCAUUGAAGAGGGGUCAGAUGCUAUGUGUAGUUUACGAGAUGGACAAGAUUAUAAUCCCUCUGGAUGUGGUGUAGCAGGAAGUGUAAUUCAUCAAGCAAAGAUAAGGACAAUUAAAAUGACAUUCAUGAUUGUUACAGUGUUCAUCAUAUGUUGGUGUCCCUAUUUUAUCAUAUCCCUACUGCAAGUGUAUCAGGUUAUUAACAACGAUACCAUUGAAAAGAAAAUGACAAUAGUCUUCUUCCAAAUGUUCGCACCUCUGAACAGUGCUAUUAAUCCUAUCAUUUAUGGAGUAUUUAGUACAAGAAUAUGUGGUCACUUAAGGCAAGUUCCAAUUAUAAAUCGUAUUAUCGAGCAUCUUCAGUGCUGUACAUUUUAUCGUAAACGUUGGUCCUAUAGACAUAGUCGUAGUGGUUCUGAAUAUGACCAUUCCAAUAACGGUAUAACAACCAAAAAGACUGACAAUGGGGUCACAAAGUCAAAAUGCAUCACGGAAAACGACACGAUUGUAACAUUGCUUCGUUCGAAUAGCGACAAAUCACAGCAACAUGUUUCAUUUACACAACCAGUGACUAACGGAUAUAUCAUGACUCAACAAGCGUCAGCGAAUAAACCAAAAGGUCAUCGACGUCAUUCUGGGUUGCCUUUGGUUAAAAGAAAUAUUACCGAGGAAGAAAACAUAUUAUUAAGAAAUUUGACAAGUAAAUUAAAGAAAAGACAUUGAGGUAUAUAUCGGAUAUUCAAGUUUUUUACUCUUAACUUGCCUGCAAAAUGUAUACAUUAUUCUUUGAUUG